CAAGUUAUCAAGAAGCAUUGUUAUUCAAAGUACCUCUGGGUGCAUAUAAAUCCUCGUGUUCGCCGAUUGUUGCUUUCAAAUCAUCUACUGCGUGUAAGCUUUUCAACGUGUUUCGACUGCAAUCAUGAAAGUCUACGAAGUUUUAAUUCUGCUGUCUGUUAUGGGUGCCGCCGUGGCUGAAGAAGCUCAAAAGAAAGAAGAGAAAACCAGAAUGAAUAAACCUGUCGAGAGAGAGCUACAUCACCUGUCGCAUGAAAAGAAAUCAGAACUGGGUAAUCACAGAAAUAAAUAUUCGAAAGCCCAUCCAGAGAUCGAAGGCAGUCCAAAGCUUGUACAGGAAGAACGUACAUUGCUGGGGAAUAAAAAGAAGAAAAUGAUGGAAAUUAGAAAAUCCGAGCUCUCCCCUGAAGCGAAGGCUCUAAAAUUGGGGAACGUCAAGCAUUACUACAGAAGCCAAAUGAAAUUUCUCGCGAAAGAGGCAAAUAGCCACGCCAAGCUUGCUGCCGAGCGUCGACGCACUUUGGAACAGAGGAAAGAAGAACGUGAACCUGUAGCAUCUGCACGUAAACUAGAGAAGAAAAGCAAUGAAAAACAUCACAAGUUUGGAGACUCGAAGAUGAAAAAUUAAUGAACCCUUUUUUCUGAAUAUUUUGCAAUAUAUUACAAGAGUUUAUUUUUAAAUUGUUUGCUUAAAUAAUUUUUUUUAAAUCUAUUUUUAUGAAUGUUGUAUCUAAUAAAUUAAUGUGAAGUUAUUUGAAA